AUGCAAACUCGACGUAGAGGUCCACAGAAUUUGAUUCCUCUAGAUCUUGAAAUCGAAGCCAGUGCACGCAAGCAAGGAAGUACAAAGAGACGAAAUAAGAAUAAGAAGAAAGCAAUGGGUGAAGAAGCAACUAAAACUCUUUCGGAGUAUGGUGUACCAGAUACUACAACUGGUGCAUUAUCGAGCAUUGUUCGACCAGCCGUCAAUGCUGCAAAUUUUGAACUUAAGCCUCAGUUCAUCCAGUUCAUCUCCAAUGAUUCAUUUGCAGGGUUACCUAAUGAAUGCCCUGUGAGUCACAUUGCCAGUUUCAUGGAGAAAUGCGACACAGUGAAAAUCAACAAUGUGAGUGAGGAUGCUAUUCGACUACGCCUUUUUCCUUUCUCUCUUCGCGAUAGGGCAAGGGAGUGGUUGAGAAAUGAAGGUGUCGAAACUUUUGAUACAUGGGGAAAACUUGCCAAAGCAUUCUUGGUGAAGUUUUUGGGGAAAGAAAAGACCACGAAGCUGAGGAAUGAGUUAGCAACCUUUGAGCAAGAUGACGACGAAUCAUUAUAUGAAGCAUGGAGAAGGUUUCUACGUUUGCAAAGACAAUGUCCUCAUCACGGGAUUCCUGAAUGGAUGUUGAUACAAACCUUCUACAAUGGUUUGACACAUGAGUUUCGUAUCUACAUUGAUGCUGCUUCAGGUGGUUCCCUUAUGACUAAGAACCCAACCGAAGCAAAGGAGUUGAUUGAGAAGAUGGCGGCCAAUGACAACUACCAUCCAAAUGGUUGUAAUCGUGCUAAGAAGGGAGGUAAAUAUGAUGUUGAUGCGCUAACCACUUUGAUUAAUAUUGUGCAGGCACUGUCUCACAAGUUUGAUCAACUCCAAGCUGGUUCAUCUAUGAUGGUCUCAUGUCAGAUGUGCGGAGUACAAGGACAUGCUGCUACAGAAUGUCAAAUCAACAAUGAUAGGAUGACAAUUGAGCAAGCCAAUGCUCUUUAUAACUCCAAUCCAAAGCAGCCAUAUGAUCCUUAUUCUAACACGUACAAUGAAGGAUGGAAGCAUAAUCCUGCAUUUUCCUAUAAGAACACUCAAGCACAACUCAAUCCACCUCCUACACCUCGCAACAACUUUAAUGCACCACCAGGUUUUCAAGUUAGAGCCCCAUUCAAUCCUCACGUCCAUCAAAGUGUUAAUCAGCAACCUCCUCAAAUUCAACAGAAGAGCAACUUGGAGAUUAUGAUGGAGAACCUUUUAGCCCAACAAACUAACUUCAUGGCUCAACAAGGCAAGCAAAAUGAGAAGACUGAUAACGCAAUUCAACAAAUUCAAGCUCAGAACAAGCUCUUGGAAAGUCAAAUAAGCCAACUUGCACAUCAGGUGGGUCAAUUAUCAAAAGCUCCUGGUCAUUUUCCAGUGGUAGAGAAUGAGAUUGUCGAAGAAGAGAAGAAGGAACCUACUCCUACCCCUAUUCGACCUUACACGCCACCAGUUCCAUUCCCACAAAGGUUGGCCUGUGCAAAAUUAGAGAAGAAAUAUGGGAAGUUCCUUGAUAUACUGAAGAAGUUUCACAUAAACAUACCAUUCUUGGAGGCUAUCUCUGAGAUGCCAUCUUAUGCAAAAUUUUUGAAAGACAUGCUCUCAAACAAGCGGAAGAUCGAGGAAAAUGCAACUGUUUCACUUACAGCAGAAUGUAGUGCUAUUUUGCAGAAUAAACUUCCCAAGAAGUUAGGAGAACCGGGUAGCUACUCUAUUCCUGUGAAGCUAGGAGAUAUCGAAAUAAAAAAGGCACUUUGCGAUCUCGGCGCAAGUGUUAGUCUAAUGCCUUUGUCUAUAUGCAAGAAGCUUCAAAUGGGUGACCCAAAACCCACACGUAUUUCCCUACAAUUAGCAGAUAGAACUGUCAAGUAUCCACUUGGUAUCCUGGAAGAUGUUCCCCUCCGUGUUGGGAAGUUUUUCAUUCCAUGUGACUUUGUAGUAAUGGAAAUGGAGGAAGAUGCACAUGUCCCUAUCAUUCUGGGGAGACCUUUCCACUGCAGGAGCCAUCAUUGA